AUGGGUGACAAUAAGCCCAGUGAUGAAAUUAGACCUGAUAAUAAUGCUAGCUCUGAAGGCACUAAUAAGAAGACCUCCAACGAUGAGGAAAUGGGUGACAUUAAUUCCAAAAGCCCUGAAAGUUCUGAUGAAGGCUCCGAAAUUUCUAAUGAACAAAUUUUUAAUGUGGUACAAGAAGAAAUAGAGACUAUAUUACUAAAUGAACUUCUCUACAUGCGUUUCCAACAAAUGAUAAAAGAAGGCAUUCAGAAAGAAAUUCGAGCUUUCAUUUCCGAAGAAAGAGAAUAUCUUAACGAAAAAAAACAAUCCGAAAUUUCUGAAAAAGUUUACAACGAGAUGUCUAAAGAAAUUUCUGAUAUUUUUAAGUCAAAAAUUUGUGACAAAAUUAAAAAUAUUUUGGAGGAAUCUUUUAAUGCAAAACGACCUAAGAUAACAACAGAGUCAUUGGAUAAAAUGUUAGAUACGAUACCUAUUAUAACACAAAAAAUGACCAAUAAAAUAGCAAAAGAAAAUGCUGCGGUAAUAAUCUCACUUAUUUCCACUAAGCUUAAAGCGUUACAAAGUAGCAAUAUAAGUGAACAUCCACUAAAUGAAUCAGAAAAGAAUGAUCUUCAUAGAACGUUGAAAGAUAUUUUUAAUAAAUAUGCUAAUGAAAAAAUGAAUACUACGGCACUGUCAAUGUAUAUUCUUUUCGUAAUUGCUGAUAGUGAUUCUCUGAUAAUUCUGGACGACCUGACGGAAGUUUUUUUGUAUGAUAAGAAUAAGCUUAAGCUUAGACUGGCUUUAAUUAGAACAUCCAUAGAUAUUUUUAUUAAAAGUAUUCCACUUAUUACCAUCAUG